AUCAUACAAGAUAUGGAUAGGCUUCCUCAACAUACUUUUGAGACAAGCUCCUCGGGCUUUCGUCAUCUCUUUCCCUAUCCUCCUUACACUUCACACAAAGUUGCAGCCCAACAUUCCAGAAGCUUCAGUUUCCCAGUAACAGAAGACGAAAUUCACCAGUAUUUCAUCAAACAAAAUCGUUUGUCAGACCCAGUCCUCAGUGCCAGCACUAUGUCUACUCCAAUUGCCCCCGGGCCAGACGAAAUCAGCCAUUAUUACUAUGGGCUUCCAAGCAGACCACGGCUUGUUGCACGGACAAACUUCGCAGACAAGUGGAAGAAUAUUAAAGGGGUGGAAUUUGCUCCAGCAAAGGUUCUACGAAAUGUUGGUAGACAUCCUAUUGCCGUCCUUUGGAAUGACUCAACGGGGCCUUUACGCCGCAGCAUUAUCGAAGCACUCAUAGGUAUCGACUGGUCUGCCAUCGAUAUCCUAUCGAUCGGAUCUGAAACCGAUGAGCCAAAGAAAUGCCCCGUUGUGCUUUUUAUAUCUGUCCGCCCAGAUUCAACAUCCUUUGCCACAUGCUACGCAAUUGCCAGCAGAUGCCUUAAGAUUCUUCGAAGCCACUCUAUUCACGAUGUGCACGUCGAGAUAAAAGAAUCUGACGUACAAAGAAGCUAUUCAAUUCCACAACAGGCGCCUAUCGACUCUCCAAAGCUAUCCAGUGGUCCUUUCCGCGUGUAUUCUCACGCUGGGGCUCUCUGGUCCGAGUUCCUGGGCGUCUCGGUUGCCAACUCGACUACACCCUACUGUAACGGCACCAAAUGCUUGUAUUUGCGUCAAAGAAACACGAAUAAUGUGCUCGCUCUGACCUGUCGGCAUGUUGUUUUGCCUCUGCUAGGGCCCGAGAACAGAUUUGACGACAGAGACAGAAACUCUCAGUCUGAGCUCAUUAUUCGACCCGGCGACAGGGCUCUUGAAUAUCAAAAAUCUCUCAUUGCUGGCCAACUUGAAAAUGUCGGCGAUUUGGUCGAAAUGGCCGAUAGUUCCUUGACGUUGAGUCUAAAUGAAAAGCAGCGCCGAAAGCACAUUCUGAGAUCUAGUUUACCUGGUUGGAAAGAAGUAGAGCGACACCUUGAGGCUCUGUCUGAACCCGCCACGCGAAUCAUUGGGCAUCUCUUGUAUUCUCCCAGUCAUGCCAGUAGUGAGGCAAAUUCCGGUAAUCCCAGACUCCGUGAUUGGGCACUGAUCCAAGUCCAUCAGAACAAGCACAGCACGCGCCUCACGGCCCUUCAAAACCAAGUGAGGGUUGGCCCAACUCAUGAUCUUACUCACAAAUUGUUCAGCGCAGCGAUGGCAGAGAAAAUCAACUGUCACUCUUGGUUACCCCUCAAUCCUGGCAGAGAACCUGCAUCUCUCCUCAGACAGACGAUUCCGGAGACAGAAAUGUUCAGGCCGACAGAAGAGACUGGAAGUUUAGAUGCACCGGCAAUCGUUGUUGUAUUAUAUGGAGCUACUUCCGGCUUAUGUAUUGGUCUUGCCAACGAAGUCAAAUCUAUCACCCGUAAGCCGGUUGAUGGCUAUUGGUAUGAGUCUGAAGAGUGGUGUCUUAUUGGUCAAAGACUUACAUUUGAUUGUCGCCGAGACCAUUUCUCACGAAACGGUGACUCAGGGUCCUGCAUCUUUGACGACCGUGGCCGAAUUGGUGGGAUGGUAACUGGCGGACUUAGUGAAGGCCAUGAUGUUACCUAAGCCACGCCGGUGGACUGGAUCCUCAAGGAUAUCGCAAAUUGUGGUUUUGUUGUCGAACUACUUUAGUUGACCACGCGUAAAGUCAUUCUUACGUCAGGUAAAUCUUCAAUUCCAGCACCUGAGGUAUGCUAUCCAACA